AUUUAAUUAAAGAUAUGGAAAUAGAUAAUGAUGGGGAUGUUAAAUAUGACUUUAAAAGAUUAAAAAAAAUAUUGAGUGAUGAUGAAUGGUCCUUAAUUAAGGAAUUAUUAUUUAUAUUAAAAGACUUUUAUGACAUCAUCACUAAUACAUUAAGUGGAAAUAGCUAUGUUACCUUGUCUUUAGUAUAUCCUAUAAUGUCACAUUUAAUUAAUAAAAUAAAAUUACAAUUGCAUAAUGAUGGUGAGGUUGAGAUUUUUGAUGAAUUUGUCCCCCCUUUAAACACCAAAGAAAUUAUUUUAGAUUGCUCUAGUAAAAUUGAAGAUAAUAACACUGAAGAAGCUGCUGAAGAAAUAGAUGAAAUUUUUAUGCAAGCAGAUGAGAAUGGAGGUUCUUUAAUAAAUUACUGGUCAGUUACUCCACAAAUAGGACUUUUGACCUCUGCUUUGGAUCCAAGAUUUAAAUCAUUAACAUUUGCAUUACAUAGUUAUAUAGUUAUGAUGCAACAUAUAAAAUAUUAUCGGAAGAAAUUAAGUCAAUUGAAGAAAAAAGUCUAA